AAACUACCGAAAAUGUGGUUGACAGCCGCCAAAGUUUGAACUCGGCAAAUAAUGGAAAGAUGGCAUAAGACACGAUGACACAGUCGAUUGUUGUGCAAGUUGGCCAGUGUGGGAACCAAAUUGGCUGCAGGUUCUGGGAUUUGGCUUUGAGAGAACAUUCCGCCAUCAACAAGUCUGGCGUGUACGAUGAAUCCCUUGGGAGUUUCUUUCGAAACGUGGAUUCUCGACACGAUGACCCAGUGGAUAUUCCUUUGGCAGGUGGCAAAGGCAAAAUAAAAGCCUUAAAAGCGCGGGCAGUGUUGGUUGAUAUGGAGGAAGGUGUGGUCAGUGAGAUAAUGAAGGGUCCCCUGAGGGAGGUGUUCGACUGUAAACAGCUGAUAACAGAUGUCUCAGGGUCAGGCAAUAAUUGGGCUGUUGGUCAUAAGAUGUAUGGGACACAGUACAGAGAGCAGAUAUAUGAAUCUGUGAGGAGAGCAGCAGAAUUCUGUGAUUGUCUCCAAUGCUUCUUCGUGAUACAUUCCAUGGGUGGAGGGACAGGCUCAGGAGUGGGUACAUAUGUCCUCAACAUUUUACAAGAGGAAUUUCCAGAAAUAUACAGGUUUGUGACUGCGGUGUACCCUUCAGUGGAGGAUGAUGUGGUUACCUCUCCUUAUAACAGUGUUUUGGCUAUGCGAGAGUUAACUGAGAAUGCAGACUGUGCUUUGCCAAUAGAAAACCAGGCACUAGUGGAUAUAGUAAAUAAAAUUACACAGUCCAUUCCAUCAGCAAAUACAGGAAAAAGAACAUAUGGCACAGUGACGGGAAAAGUGAAAACUAACAGCGCCAUAUGUGCAGGUCAAGGGGGGAUAACCAAACCAUCAGACGAAAAGCCUUUUGACACAAUGAACAACAUUGUGGCUAAUAUGUUGUUAAAUAUGACAAGCUCAGCUCGUUUUGAGGGCUCACUGAAUGUUGAUCUAAACGAGAUCACCAUGAACCUGGUCCCGUUUCCUCAGCUCAAAUACCUUGUUUCAAGUCAGACCCCUCUCUAUUCAGUGGCUGAUGUCCGGCUUCCACCAAGGAGACUGGAUCAGAUGUUCACAGACGCCUUCUCCAAGGAUCACCAACUUCUACGAGCUGAUCCAAAACACAGCCUCUAUCUGGCCUGCGCUUUGAUGGUGCGUGGGAAAGUUGAAAUAUCAGACAUCAGACGCAACAUAGAAAGGUUGAAACCAUCCCUGAAGUUCAUUGGCUGGAACGAGGAGGGUUGGAAGACAGGCCUGUGUGCAGUUCCCCCAGUUGGCCAGCCGUACUCACUCCUGACUUUGGCGAAUAACACCUGUGUCAGACAUACCUUUAAUGACCUGCGGGGUCGCUUUGUGAAGCUCUACAAGAGAAAGGCCCAUGUUCAUCAUUACACCCAUGUGGAUGGGAUGGAACUGUCAGACUUCAGCGCCAGUCUGGAGUCCUUAAACUCACUCAUACAGGAAUACGAGAUGCUGGAACAACAAAUGACCAACCCUCCAGCUCCUGUGCCCCGCCUUCAAGUGGCCAUGUGAUUGUGGGAAGUUUCUGUUGAUCAUGUUGAACAGUUGAUCAUGUUGACUGACACAGUUCAAGCAGUGUUAUUCAAGAGAGGAUGUGAUUCAAAGAAAUUCAAACAAAUUUUUUUUUAUCCCAAAAUCAAUAGAUAUUCUUUUGAAGAAUCUUUAUCAUCAAAAUUGAACCAAAGUUAGUUUGUAUCAUGUCUCUUCACUUUUUUUCUUUUAUAAAUUUAUGUACAUAUGUCUACAUGUAUACAAAACCAAUUGAAAAUGCAUUCCAAUUGAAAAUGAAGACUGUGUUUUGUUUGAUU